GUAAAGCAUGUGACCAAUCACGACAGACUGAUCAGAAAAAGGAGGGAAAGUGAUCAAAACAACCCCCCUGUUCAUUUAGGAUCCUUGUCUACCCUCCGUUGUUUACCAGUCCUGCGGAGCUGUACGCGUCUGCAGGCUAUGCCUGCCCCACGAUGAGUACAUCGGCGUACUUCAGGCCGGUAACACGCAGCCAGGCCGCCCAGAGUGGCAGCAAAUUCGCCGAUCUGAAGGCUAGAGCCCAGGCUUUGCAGACCACGAGGUCAAGAGGGGGAAAAUCAACACCCACUGCCCAGGGAGGACCCUCCUCCUCUGCCGACCCUACCGGGCCAUCCCAGAAGAAGACAGCUCAGAAGAGAGUUAAACGUGAACACACUAAAAUAGAGUAUGAAGCCGAGGCAGAAGGGGAUGCAAAAGGCUCUAGCAGUUCUGCCAAGCCAAGAACCACACACAGCAUCAAGAAGGAGAGGUGGGAGCCAGAGAGAUGGAGGGAACAGCUGGAGAACAUCAAGAGGAUGAGGGCAGCCAGAGAUGCACCUGUAGACUCCAUGGGGUGUCAGACCUGCCCCGAUAAAAAUGCUGCACCUGAGGUGAAGAGGUACCAUGCGCUCAUAUCCCUCAUGCUGUCCAGCCAGACUAAAGACCAGAUGACAUCAGCAGCCAUGAAGCGACUGAUAGACCAUGGUCUGACUGUGGACAACAUCCUGAAGACCAGCGACCAGAAACUCGGGGAGCUGAUAUAUCCUGUGGGCUUUUGGAAGACCAAGGUCAAGUAUAUCAAAAACACCACCCAGAGGAAGGACCAGUACGGUGGAGACAUCCCUGCAACAGUAGCAGAGAUUCAAGUGCCGGGUGUUGGCCCUAAAAUGGCCUAUCUGACAAUGGAUGUAGGAUGGGGAAAGGUUGAAGGGAUCUGUGUGGACACACAUGUACAUCGGAUCUCCAACAGACUUGGGUGGCUGAAGAAGCCUACCAAAGUGCCAGAAGAUACAAGAAUGGCACUUGAGGAAUGGUUACCUAGGGAACACUGGAGUGAGCUGAACUGGUUGCUGGUUGGUUUCGGGCAGCAGACAUGCCUGCCUGUCGGUGCAAAGUGCAGUGGAUGCCUGAACAAGGAGAUCUGUCCCUUUGGAAAGUCUCAGCUCAGAUAUUCCAAAAACAAGAAGUCACCAAAAAAGUGACUGGUAGAGAAACAACCACAAAAGGCAAUAGCAUUCAAGUUCCAGUAACCUGUAUCAGCUUGCAGCAUUCUCAUAGAUUGCUUUGGACAUGCAUUAUCAUAUCAUUUACGGUUACUAUGUUUUGAUUUUGAGAACAAUCUCUACAGGAGGUACCUAUUAUGGUAUGUACUAUAUUAAUAUUGAGAUGGAUAGUGUUUGCAUGUCCAAAUAUAAAAUCUAACUAUUCAGACACCAUUUGGAUCUCUUCUAGCAAACCAGAAGCAUCUGCUCAUCCCUUAGAAGC